AUGUCGUCAAUCCAUAUUGGAAUUGUGCUCGACAACGGCUGCCGCAUUACGCAUGGCAAGGGAGCAAAUGUGAAGAAGCCAUUCUCCGAUAUCGACUUGACGAUGCACGAGCUGUCCCCAAGUAAUCAGAACGGCUUCCGCGGGCAGCUAGGAUUCAUCGAGUUUACAUCUGAACUCAGACUGCCCAGACAUAUCCACAUGGACGCAGCCAAAGAAAGACUCCUCGACGAACGGAUUCUGGUGCUGAACGGCGUAGGGCUCGUCGAGAUCGCAGGCGAGAUUUGGGCGACGGCUCCCGGUGUGAGGCUACCAGAUGGUACCGUGUCGGAGGGCCAGUUCACGAUGGUGUACGAGUAUGAAGAGCCUACCUCCUUCUAUCCUACCGAAUCUACGGAAGCGAUCACAGAUGCGGCUCACUACCAACCAUUCCAAGGCAGCAAUUUCGACGACAUCCGCUUCCCGAUGCUGGAGACCCGACAAGUCGCUAAGCAGGCCUCGAUCGUGUUGGACAGGGAGCAGCAUCAAGGAUUGAGUCUUGCUUGA